AUGCCGUCGGAACCGCAGCAGGUGUUUAACCCGCACCCGAACGUCGCCAGCAAGGCGUACAUCAAGAGCAUGCAGCAGUACCAGGAGUUCUACCAGCAGUCGCUCGAGAAUCCGGGCCAGUUCUGGGCGAACGUAGCCAAGCAGUUCCACUGGGAAACGCCGUACGAUCCGAAGAACUUUUUCUCGUACAACUUCGACAUCUCGAAGGGGCCCAUUUUCGUCAAGUGGAUGGAGGGAGCCUCGACGAACAUUUGCUACAACUUGCUCGAUCGAAACGUUAAGAAUGGCCUCGGCGACACCGUCGCGUACUACUGGGAAGGAAACCAUCCCGAUGACUACAGCAGACUGACCUACCGGAAGCUGCUGGAGGAGGUCUGCCGGUUCGCGAACGUGCUGAAAAACCAUGGCGUGCAGAAAGGCGACCGGGUGUCAAUCUACAUGCCCAUGACCAUGGAGCUGCCCGUGGCAAUGUUGGCGUGCGCUCGCAUCGGAGCCGUUCACUCGAUCGUGUUUGCGGGUUUCUCGUCCGAUUCCCUGGCGGAACGCAUGCACGAUUGUCAGGCGAAGGUGUUGAUUACCGCUGAUGGAGCGUGGCGAGGUGAGAAAAUUCUGCACCUCAAAGACAUCUGUGAUAUCGCGAUGGAGAAGGCGGAACAGCUCGGACACCGCGUGCAGACCUGCAUCGUCGUAUCGCACAUCAACCGGGUUACACCGGGCAAAGAGGAUUGGGAUGGAUCCUUUGAGACACCUUGGACAGAUGACCGUGACUUUUGGUGGCAUCAGGAGAUGGAAGAUGCCGAGCCGGCGUGUUAUCCGGAGUGGAUGGCCGCGGAAGAUCCGCUUUUCAUGCUCUACACCAGCGGUUCCACGGGCAAGCCAAAGGGUGUUUUGCAUACGACGGCUGGGUAUUUGUUGUACGCGGCGACUACGUUUAAGAUCGUGUUCGAUUACAAACCCUCGGACAUCUACUGGUGCACAGCUGACAUCGGCUGGAUCACCGGACACACGUAUGUCCUGUACGGGCCUCUUGCAAAUGGUGCCACUUCCGUCAUGUUCGAAGGUACACCGUUUUUCCCAGACAACGAUCGCUACUGGGAGGUCAUCGAUAAGUACAAGGUGUCGCAGUUUUACACUGCUCCGACCGCCAUCCGAUCGCUGAUGAAGUUUGGUGACGAGCCGGUUCUGAAGCACGAUCUCUCCUCGCUGAGGGUUCUUGGAAGUGUCGGUGAGCCUAUCAACCCGGAAGCGUGGCUGUGGUACUAUCGUGUGAUCGGUAAGGAGCAGUGCUCGAUCGUGGACACGUUCUGGCAGACGGAAACCGGUGGUCACGUAAUAACGCCGCUUCCGGGGGCAACACCAAUGAAACCAGGCUCUGCCUCGUUUCCGUUCUUUGGCGUGAAACCAACCCUAUUGGAUGAAAGCGGCACAGAGAUCAAGGGCGAGGGUGAAGGAUACCUCGUGUUCUCGCAACCCUGGCCGGGAAUGAUGCGCACGCUGUUCAACAACCACCCGCGCUACGAAUCGACGUACUUUUCCAAGUUCAACGGAUACUACUGCACGGGAGAUGGUGCUCGCCGUGACGCAGAUGGGUAUUACUGGGUGACGGGUCGAGUGGACGACAUGUUGAACGUGUCCGGCCAUCUGAUGUCGACAUCGGAGGUAGAAUCGGUGUUGACCGAGCAUCCACGUGUCUCGGAGGCAGCCGUCGUGUCACGGCCUCACCCAGUGAAAGGUGAAUGUUUGUACUGCUUUAUCACGCCCAACCAGAACGAAACCUUCGACAAGACGCUUAUCAGCGAGCUAAAAGUGCUUGUUCGGGAACGUAUCGGUCCGUUCGCGCAGCCAGACGUUAUUCAGCAUGCGCCAGGAUUGCCGAAGACGCGAUCGGGCAAGAUUAUGCGGCGAGUCCUGCGCAAAGUGGCCAUCAACGAUCGGGACGUAGGUGAUACGUCCACUCUGGCCGACGAGGCUAUCAUCGAACAGCUGUUUUCAAACCGGCCUACAAACUAAAGCGCCUACAGUUCCAAAAAACGGGCACCGGGCAGAAACUUCAUCGCUCCGAUAGCUUUAGGUAAUCAUACUGCAAGGAUAACUUUUGUUCAGCUUUUUAUGUAUCAUAGUCGUCCGAUCGCUUCUCUUAUGGCCCCUCGAAGCAGACGGUGGCUAAAUGAUCGCAAAACAUUCACACAAACACAACGGGGAGGAAGCACACGCUCAUACAUACAUUCAAUCGAAAAACAAAUGCUGGACAUCGGGGAACAAACGCAAUCACGGCAAGCAAAGGGACGAAAGGUUGGCGCGAUAGGGGCUGCAUUGGGCGUGAAAGCUUGCUGGCGGAUUCCGCGUCGAAGCUUUCCGUCAGUCCAGUGGCACGAAAUUGCGGAACCCAGCGCACCCGACCGGAACCGGAACAGCCUCCCACCGGUGGGGAGAGAUCGUGGAUUCCAGUGCUUUAGGUUUAAGACGGCAGAUGGAGGACGCAGUCAUACUGCGCAGCAAACCGUUAAUCAGAUUGGAUGGAUCAUAUUUUAAGUAGAUGUUAUUGCAUUCUAACUAAUUUAAGGCUAAUUGUUUAGUAUUAAACAUUGCAAGAGCAGUAGCAGUGAUGCUCGUUUGGUGGCAAUCUCAAACACAAACAUAAAAGCGAAUGCUGUAAGCAUUAAAUAAUUUUCCGUAAACGGCGGUCAGAAACAAAACUCAUUUGAAGCAAGCGCAGGGACGCGGCUCGAAAGGAAAGGCAUAAGUUGUUUUGGUGAAAAAGUUAGUGAACGAAAACAGACACGUUACACAAGCCCACGCGUGCAUUAUCACACUGGUGGGGUAGCAUUUAAGCCCAGUGUGCUACGGCUUCUCUUGCAACGAUAAUAUUCAUGUUAUACACGUACACAAACGAACGAACGCGCAGGGAUACACGCAUUUUACAGAUUUCCAUGUUUUAUUAUUUUCACUACUCUCCUUAUCGUUUAUAAGUUUGAUCACAAAUAAACACUCACAUCGCUUUAUGCGGCACGAAAGCGCCCUUUAAAACCCGAAACCCAUCCAUUACAUUUCACACCACCAAACCCCAUUCUCUUUUCGAUAAAGGAUGCACGAAGGGACUGCAGACACAUGAUUCCCGCAGGAUCAACCCAUACUAAACAAAAAUCGAAACAUAUCACUUCUUUCCUUUGUAGGAGAGAACCUUUUUGUAGGAUUAAUGAAAUCUAUGCUAUCUUAUUGUGAAUUAGAUGUUUAUCGACUGUUAAAGCGUAGCGCAACUUGUUCUGUAGGCUGCAACGGCCUUUUACACACCCUCUGUUGUUAUCGAGUGAGUGAACGGGUUUCUUAGGCCGGAAACGGGUACGGGUUGGUUUCCUUCGGAUAUGCGCUCAACCACGCGCUCGAGGAUCCGUUGGGCAGCUGCAGCUCGAUUUCUUAUCAUCGCCCAAACGAUACAUAUCAUGUAGCGUGCCUACACCCAGGCGAGGUUCGACUGUGACCACAAGCAAUCGGUCCUCUCCUGCUUCGCGGUAAGCUUUUGUAACCGUAUACUUUUGAUGGUGACCCGGCUAUGUAAUCGCCGUGGAAUGUAUUGUGCAAUGCCGGUCCGUUCCCAGCACGGGCCGCCAUGGUUGUACUGUGUAUAAUGCCGCCGAGGCACCCAUAUUUGCUGUUGUUCAUUCUCUCGAGUCUACACGACGUGGGAUAGGUAGUACUCAUUCCGACACAAGCGAGGAAAAUAUAUAUAAAAAUUAUACUGUACUGAUGAAAUGAUAUUGGAAUAAAUUGGAAAUACAUAUCGAUAUUAUGCAAUGUGAACGAAAUGUUUCUUUUCACCAUUUGAAUGUGAUUUAAAUGCUUCGGUUCGCAUGCUAAAGCUGCCAAGGACAUUCCAACGGUCGUUGGUUCAAAUUCAAAUGUGAUUAGCGCUAUCCAGUAAAACAGAGCUGAAUUGUUGGGAAUGAAUAGUUCGAAACGGAAAUAUAACCCG